CUGUGCGUCGGUGUCCCUGUCGCAGGUCUGGGUGCCCUAGGCGCUCUGCGGAGGGUCGACCUCGCAGGUUCCCGCGGGCCACUCCUGGCGACGCUGUGAACCGGUGAGAAAAGCGCCUCUCGGGAGAUACUGGAACUGGCCGAGGUUCCUAUUCAACCACCCGCCGGAUGUCAUUUCCUGCCCUGACCUCCGCCGCGGGCGGCCGGGGGACCCGCGGUCACCUCUGCGGAAGGCUAGCUGGCCCUCCAUUAGGUCGCGUGGAUAGCAAAGAUCUAAUAUACAAAAUGUACGUCGCUUUUAAAAAUUCAGUUAUCCUUGCGUCAUUAGAAAACACAUAAAUCAAUUCUACGUAUGCGUUUAAAAAUACAAGUCAUUCUGCGCUGAUUGCAAACGGGAUACUUUCUGGGGGUAAUGGACAUAUUUAUCUUGUUGGGGUGGUGAUGAUAGAUGAAUUGAGUUGCCAAAACUUGUAAACUCCACUAAAAAUCUGUGCAUUGUGUUGUAUGUGAAUUACACAUCAAUUAAAAAAAAAGAGAAAGUAAUUCUGCAUGCAUAUGAAAAGUUCCUAAAUGCCAUUACUUAUACAUGCGUCUGUAAAAGCCAAUUGAAUGAGGCUGUAGAUGUAGGCAUUUAUAGCAACUAAGCGCAACCCUGUGGGGUUAAUAAUUCAAGUUCAGCGCAGUUGGAAACGGAGCGAAAACAAGGCUGACAUAACUCGGGGCGGAGCCACACGCCUUAAGAGCAGUCGGCGCGACACGAGCAGGAGCAGCGCCUGACUUAGCCUCACCAUGAACGGCGGCAACGGCUCAGAGCUCCAGGCCUUCUGCGACUCAAGCCGGCGGUUUCUGCAGCCCUUCUGGGACUGCGUGAGGAACCAGGAGGCCCUCACCGAGUCGCCCUUCUUCCUGGUCAUCUUUGGGAUUACCACUUACGUGGUCUUCUGCCUGCCAUUCGUGGUGCUGGACGUGCUGUACCCCUGGGUGCCUGCCCUGCGGCGCUACAAGAUCCACCCUAACUUCUCGCCGACGGUGGGACAGCUGCUGCCUUGCCUUUGGCAGACUCUCUACCAGCACGUGCUAUUCGUGUUCCCGGUGACCCUGCUGCACUGGGCUAGUAGCCCGGACCCCCUGCCCACUGAAGCUCCGGAGCUGCUGGAGCUGGUGUGCCACGUCGUGGUUUGUCUGUUGCUUUUCGACGCCGAGUUCUUUGUGUGGCACGUGCUGCACCACAAGGUGCCCUGGCUGUACCAGAACUUCCACAAGGUGCACCACCGGAACUCAGCCUCGUUCGCUUUGGCCACGCAGUACAUGAGUGUCUGGGAGCUGUUUUCCUUGGGCUUCUUCGACAUGCUAAACGUCAAGCUGCUCGGGUGCCACCCACUCACCGUGCUGGUGUUCCAUGUGGUCAACAUCUGGCUGUCAGUGGAGGACCACUCAGGCUACGACUUCCCCUGGUCCACUCACAGACUGGUGCCUUUCGGGUGGUACGGGGGCGUGGCGCAUCACGACCUGCAUCACUCCCACUUUACCUGCAACUUUGCACCUUACUUCACACACUGGGAUAAACUUCUGGGAACGCUGCGGCCUGCGCUUGCCAAGUAACUUGCACGCCUCCCAGCUUGGUGGUGUGGCUGUCAGACCUGGGACUGCUGUGCACUUCACGCUUGAAUCAGGAGAAACACACCUGAGCUAUUUUGUUUUUAAGCAAAUAACUUAUUAACUGAUGGAAACUGUUGUAGAUAAAAUCUGAUGUAUUUCUGCAAGCUGACAAAGUAAUUUAUAUAAUGCUUGUAUACGGGUGGCUCAGUGGUUAAGACUUCAGCUGCUAACCAAAACGUCCGCAUUUCAAAUUCAGCAGCUGCUCUUUGGAAACAGUAUGGGGCAGUUCUACUCUGUCCCAUAGGAUCGCUGUGUGUGGAAUUGACUCAACCGGUUCCUUUGUGCAUGUAUGUUUUCUUCUUUUUUUUGGUUUAUAUGGAUGCAAAUGUAUUCUUCAUGUUUAGCUCACUUCAAUAGCCUUAAUUCCUGGAUAUAAUUAGACAUUCGCCACUGGCAUAUUUAAAUCAUCUCUAAAAGGAUUUGUUUGUAGAUCAAGGAAUUUCCUAUGUGAAAGUGUCCUAGAACAAGGCUGAGAGAACAAAACCUGUUAAUAGAGGCUCUGACCUCAGACUCUGUAAACUAUGAAACAUGUUCCUGCUGGACAGUGACCAAGACUAUAGCACUCUUUUUACUACUUUUUCACAGAAUUAUAUAUUUAUAUUGAAAGAAAUGUUAUUUGUGCUUAAAAAAAAAAACAUGAACAAAACAAA